AUGAGUGAAGAACUGUGGGUCGCCCUCACCCCGGAAGAAUUUGACCAGCUCCAGAAAUAUUCAGAAUACUCCUCAAAGAAGAUAAAGGAUGUCUUGACUGAAUUUAAUGAGGGUGGUAGCCUCAAACAAUAUGAUCCACAUGAGCCGAUUAGCUAUGAUGUCUUCAAGCUAUUCAUGAAGACGUACCUGGAGGUGGACCUGCCUCAGCCACUGAGCACUCACCUCUUCCUGGCCUUCAGCCAGAAGCCCAGACAGCAGACCCCUGACCUCCCAAAGGAGGGGGCCAGCAGCAGCAAGGCCAACGUCCCAGGCCCUAAUACACAGAAUGUGGAUAAUGCUGCCAAAGCAGAUGAGGCCUGUGCCCCUGACACUGAAUCAAAGAUGGCUGAGAAGCAAGAACCAGCUGAAGAUGAGGUGGCUGCAACCCUCCCAGGAGCCCCUGCUGCUCAGUCUUCAAGCUCAGAAUCCCCCAUAGUGUACCUGAAGGAUGUCGUGUGCUACCUGUCCCUGCUGGAGACAGGGAGACCUCAGGAUAAGCUGGAGUUCAUGUUCCGUCUCUAUGAUUCAGAUGAGAACGGUCUCCUGGACCAAGCGGAGAUGGAUCGCAUUGUCAACCAAAUGCUGCAUAUUGCCCAGUACCUGGAGUGGGAUCCCACGGAACUGAGGCCUAUAUUGAAGGAGAUGUUGCACGGGAUGGACUACGACCGGGACGGCUUUGUGUCCCUGCAGGAAUGGGUCCACGGAGGCAUGACCACCAUCCCAUUGCUGGUCCUCCUGGGGAUGGAUGAUUCUGGCUCCAAGGGGGACGGGAGGCACGCCUGGACCAUGAAGCAUUUCAAGAAACCAACCUAUUGCAGCUUCUGCCACAUCAUGCUCAUGGGUGUCCGGAAGCAAGGCCUGUGCUGCAUUUACUGUAAAUACACUGUCCACGAACGCUGUGUAUCCAAAAACAUUCCAGGAUGCGUCAAAACAUACUCAAAAACCAAAAAGAGCGGCGAGGUGAUGCAGCACGCAUGGGUGGAAGGGAACUCCUCUGUCAAGUGUGACCGAUGCCACAAAAGUAUCAAGUGCUACCAGAGUGUCACUGCACGGCAUUGCGUGUGGUGCCGGAUGACGUUUCACCGCAAAUGUGAAUUGUCAACAUCGUGUGACGGUGGGGAACUCAGAGACCAUAUUUUACUGCCCACCUCAAUAUGCCCUAUCACCCGGGACAAGCAAAGUGGGAAGUCCGACGGCAGCGUGCCAGCCAAGGGCGAGCUUGUAAUGCAGUAUAAGAUCAUCCCCACCCCGGGUACCCACCCUCUGCUGGUCUUGGUGAACCCCAAGAGUGGAGGGAGACAAGGAGAAAGAAUUCUUCGGAAAUUCCACUAUCUGCUCAACCCCAAACAAGUUUUCAGCCUGGACAACGGGGGGCCUACUCCAGGAUUGAACUUUUUCCGUGAUACUCCAGACUUCCGUGUUUUAGCCUGCGGAGGAGAUGGGACAGUUGGCUGGAUUUUGGAUUGCAUUGAUAAGGCCAACUUGGCAAAGCAUCCACCAGUGGCUGUCCUGCCUCUUGGAACAGGAAAUGACCUUGCCCGUUGUCUCCGCUGGGGAGGAGGUUACGAAGGGGGCAGCUUGACAAAAAUCCUGAAGGACAUUGAGCAGAGCCCCUUGGUGAUGCUGGACCGUUGGCAUCUGGAAGUCAUCCCCAGAGAGGAGGUGGAAAACGGGGACCAGGUCCCAUACAGCAUUAUGAACAACUAUUUCUCCAUUGGUGUGGAUGCUUCCAUCGCACACAGAUUCCACGUGAUGAGAGAGAAACACCCUGAAAAAUUCAACAGCAGGAUGAAGAACAAGCUGUGGUACUUUGAAUUUGGCACCUCGGAGACCUUUGCAGCCACCUGCAAGAAACUCAAUGACCACAUAGAGUUGGAGUGCGACGGGGUUGGGGUGGACCUGAGCAACAUCUUCCUGGAAGGCAUUGCCAUUCUCAACAUUCCCAGCAUGUAUGGAGGCACCAAUCUCUGGGGAGAAACCAAGAAGAGUCGGGCUGUAAUCCGGGAAAGCAGAAAGGGCAUCACUGACCCCAAGGAACUAAAAUUCUGUGUCCAAGACCUCAGUGACCAGCUCCUUGAAGUGGUGGGGCUGGAGGGAGCCAUGGAGAUGGGGCAGAUCUACACUGGCCUGAAGAGUGCGGGCAGGAGGCUGGCCCAGUGCUCCUCUGUCACCAUCAGGACUAACAAGCUGCUGCCAAUGCAAGUGGAUGGCGAGCCCUGGAUGCAGCCACGUUGCACGAUUAAAAUCACUCACAAGAACCAAGCGCCCAUGAUGAUGGGGCCUCCCCAGAAGAGCAGCUUCUUUUCGUUGAGGAGAAAGAGCCGCUCAAAAGACUAA